AGAGCGAUCGGCUGGAUUACGCGCACCUCCUCCGUCCCCGCACGAGAAACGCUGUCAGCGGUCUUGUGCAACCUACUGUGCGUUCUAUCCGUUUUCUUGAUUCGACGCGGUUUCCUGAAUUCGCUGGUGCUUCUGACCCCGUGUUUGUUGCUUAGUGCUGGUGCUUUUUGAUUGUGACUUGAGGGGGCUGGAAGGCCCGCAUCGGUCGUCAAGCGCCGGCGUGCCCUGAGGAGAGGAUUGUGCGCUGGGCUCCCGGAAAAGGGAGUUGCAAGUUCGGUAUUCGCCGACCGUAGGCGGCCGCACGCUGGUCGUCAGAGCACUGUGAGCCGAGCUCCGACAAGACGGAUCAGAACUCGGUACGGAGUAACCACACGGUUCGCGGGUCAAGAUGGCCACGGCAGCGAGAACACCACUCGGCGGGAGCUGUUCGAGGUAUCGUCGCCACUUGGUCCGGACGGUGCAGUGACGUCAUACGGGACACCAUGAGCCUAGUACCGCGCACUUCCGAAGAGCCAGCGUCCCAGCGGCUGCCCAGACAUGCACUUCUCGGGCUGUUCAGAGCGUCGAUACUCUGCGUCACAAUGUUCCUGGUCGCCGCCUCGGCGCACAUCACAAUACGGGAAAAAGACCUGGACGGCAAGAUGUUACGAUUCACGCACGGAGACACGGGCUACUACACAGAGCUCCUCUUUGACAUCCACAGAUACCAGCUGAUCGUCGGAGCAAGGGACCACCUGUUUCGGCUGUCCCUGGAGGAUCUCAAGAAGCUCGAGGACGUCGCUGUGCCAGCAUCAAAUGCGGCUGUGCGGAGUUGUCGCCAGAAAGGUCAAGCAGAGGAGGGCUGCCGAAACUACAUAAAGGUGCUGCUGUCGCACAAUGAGCGACUGUUCAGCUGUGGCACCAAUGCCUUUGCUCCAGAAUGCACUUGGAGAGACAUCAACUCUCUAGUCACGGUGAGGGACAAAGUUGACGGCAUGGGCAAGGCACCGUACAGCCCGCACUCAAACAGCACCAUGCUGAUGACAGUACAAGGCGACUACUACGUUGCGUCACCUCUAGACUUCUCGGCAAGAGACUACGCCCUGUACCGUAUCAUGGGCCGGGAGCGGCCUCUGCGCACCCCCAUCUACGAUCACAAGUGGCUGAGCGAGCCAAACUUUGUUGGUUCCUUUGAAAUCGAAGAGUUCGUGUACAUCUUCUACAGGGAGUCUGCUGUGGAAUUCAUGAAUUGCGGCAAAGCUGUGUAUUCAAGGGUGGCUCGGGUGUGCAAGAAUGACCAAGGUGGCCAGGUGAUCCUCAAGGAGAACUGGACAACGUUUCUCAAGGCUCGGCUGAACUGUUCACUGCCGGGCCUCUAUCCUUUCUACUACAACGAGAUUCAGAGCGUUCACUACCUUGAGAAAGAACAGCUCUUCUACGCAGCAUUCACCACAGGAGAGAACAGCAUCUAUGGUUCAGCAAUAUGUGCCUUCAACAUGUCGGCCAUCAAGCGCGCAUUUGAGGGACCCCUGAAGUACCAGUCCACACAAAAGUCUGCCUGGGAGCGGUCCACACCCACCAGCCAACAGUUCCAGUGCAAAGCAGUUGAGGACAACGAGAGAGUCAUUGAGGCUCAGAAGUACCAGCUGACUGAUGAGGCUGUGCAACCAGCAAGCCGAAGGCCCUUGUACACUGGCGAGCUGGAAAGGCUGACUCACUUGACAGUUGACGUUGUCCCCACAAAGUACAGCUUCGACGGAGUCCAUGUCAUCUUUGCGGCUACACUGGAAGGGGCAAUCAAGAAGCUGGUGGUUAUCCCGGGACUUCUGGAAACCUGUUUCAUCGAAGAAAUCCAGCCUUUCGCACCUGGAGAAAGGCACAUAUUCACAAUGAAGCUUCUAAAGGACACUAGCUCUCUGUAUUUGGGAACAGAAAAGGAGGUGCUCCGAAUCUUUGUUCACCGGUGCGAACAGUACAGAAGCGAAGAGUCUUGCCUGGGUUCUAUGGACCCAUACUGUGGAUGGAACAAACACCAGCUGGCAUGCACAACAGCGCCGCACCUUAACCCUCUCAGCCUCGACUGGAAACAGAACCAUGCAGGCUGCCCUAACAGUAAUGUUCCUGUUGAUGGAGGCUGGAGUAGUUGGAGUCAGUGGGCAGAGUGCGACCAGGUUGGCAAGGACUCGCCUGGCGACCACUGCCUCUGCCGGUCCCGGCAGUGCAACAGUCCCACUCCAACCAACGGUGGCAAGCCGUGCGAGGGCUCAUCACUAGAAGUCACCAACUGCACACAACAUGGCCAGUGGACAGAGUGGUCUGGCUGGUCAGCAUGCUCUCGAACAUGCGGCCUGGCUGUGAAGUUCCGUCGUAGGACUUGUGGGAACCCAAGCCCCAAGUAUGGCGGACGCGUCUGCCUAGGGCCGGAGCAGGAGCAGAUCUACUGUACUUCUAACCCACCCUGUCCAGCUCCUGCCACACCUGCCACCCGUGAAAGUGCCUGGUCAGAGUGGGGUGUUUGGAGCGAGUGCACAGCACAGUGCGGCGGUGGCUUCCAGUGGCGGCGACGACGCUGCGACUCCCCACGUGGCCGUGAGGGCUGCGGCGGUGGCUGCGACACAGACUACCGUGCCUGCAACACGCACGCCUGUCCUGAGACACGCAAGAGCUCUAACUGGACAGCGUGGGUGCGUGUCAAUGCGACACGGGAUGGAUACUUCGAGCAGCGCUUCAGAUUCACCUGCCGUGCUAACGUUGCCGACAGCUCCCUGCUCCGGGUUGGAAAUGUCAAAAAGGAGGAGCGCUACUGUCAUGAGUCAGCAAAGAGCUGCAUGGACUCGGCAUACCUGAAUAUCGAUGGCGACUGGUCAGAGUGGGGCGAGUGGUCCAAGUGCUCGGUACCUUGUGGAGGUGGCGUCCAGUACAGGGAAAGGACUUGCGACAACCCACGGCCAUCAGGCACGGGCGCUGACUGCCAGGGCCCUUCCAAGGAGGAGCGAGACUGCAAUAUCCACCAGUGCCAGAAACUUGAGGAAGAGGAAUGGACCGAAUGGUCAGUGUGGUCUCUGUGCGACCACAACAACGAGCAGCAUCGCCGUCGAACGUGCAUGAUUCUUGACCCCAACCCAACACAGUGCAGGGGAUCGACUCGUGAAAGCCGCAUGUGCAUCGCUGGCCAAGAGACAGUCUCAGUACUACCUAGUCUGGAGGACCAACGUGACAAUGGAGACAGUGGCAUCCGAACAGAGCACCUUGUGGGAGCCUGCAUCACCUGCCUCGUUCUGGGUGCACUGGUGGGUGCACUGGCCAUGUACCGCUACUUGAAGCGACACCAUAGUCGUGACCCCCUGGCACCGAAACACCUGGGGACACCACUGGUGCAGGCCGAGGGCAACACCUACGUGCCUCACUCCCAAUACAAGAACAACUUCUCCACCCUCACCACGUCACCCGGAGGAAAGUUUCAAAAAGAGGCUACUAUUAAGCGGAACGGCUUCAGGGCACAGAUACACUCGGACCACAAUUUCUGAGGUUAUCACGAAGGACAAGCAGUCGAAGAGAAAUUUCUGCUGCAACUUGCUAGGACACCGUGCUGUGGACAGAUCCAUAGUGGACAGGAUUACAGCUUGUCGACUGCUAUGCGAAGAUCUGUUUGGGCUCGCCUUUUGAGUGCAACAGUAAGGGUUCGUGAUGCACAAGCUCGGUGACUUUCCAGCAAUUCUUCUGUCGGUCCCAAAGACUUGUAAAGAGAAUGAUGCAGUGUGACAGUGUUAAAGUUGUGAUCUACGCCAAGUGCCACAUCACAUCUUAUGCUGAGCAAAAUAUAGCCGGAAGGGGACCAGCAACAGCUGUGUUUAUAGCAUACGUACCUUAAAGUGGUGCAAUUCCAAAGCCCUCGACAUAAAGCUUUCCCAAGGCCUUUUUUGUGCAGCCUGUUGCUAGUACAAACCUCCACAAAGUUCCGAGGAAAGACUGCAGCAAGACUACAAAAGUACAUCUGCAAUGAAGUGCCUUUAUAUGGCAUUUUGCUCGCCAUAAUUAUUGCCAUGCAGAGGAGUCAAAUAACUCUUCGAUAAGGAAGAAACUGAAGCCUAUGACUCAAGCAGAACUUUCAGCUACAGACAAUCUGAAUUGCGUCCUGCCACCGUCAGUGUUCAUGGAUGCUGUAACAGCCAGCUGUAAGAUUGCAAAGUAAUCACCCAGUGAAAUAAGGCCAGCACCACACCGCAUUAAAAGCAGCAAAUUAAAGAGCGCAGGUGUGGUCAAGCUUCAUCUAAGCACUUGGUGUGCCCCUCUAGCUACUGAUCUGUUCACCAAACGAGUGGCACAGUGUUGUACAACACAGUUCCUGAGAAGCAGACAGCUGUGAAUUGCAAAGCACUACGGCCUAAUCCUAACAGUGUAUCGCGAAGCACUGCUCGCGGGGUGAGCGUGAAAGACUUGCAGAAACACUGCCCUAUUUCCUUCAGCAAGUAAAUUGCAGGGUGCAACGCUGCAGCAGCCACAGCGGAUCAUAACACACAAACAGUGCAUUGAGAACAAUAUGCACAACUAUUGCUCCUCACAUUCAAGGUGCACGCAGUCAAUCUAGGCUGUGUGAACCAAGACUACAGGGAUACAGGAACCUUCUCAACGAAGCGGUAAGCAACAUGACCGCGCCUUGAGAACACAGGGCAUAAAGCAUGGUGUGCACAUAACCAUGUCAAGCCCGCAAGCAUCGUGCACCAGUGCUGUUCGUGUUCCAACUGUGGAGUGUGUGACAGACAUGCCAGUGACACUGCUUCACAGGCUUGUACGAGUGGUGUGUAUUUAGCAGGGCCUUGGAACUUACCGUAUUGGUUCGAUAUCAAUGUCUUCAGUUCACAUCCGCAUUUCUGUUUGUGUUCACAAGACACAUGUGCACCGACUUGUGAGAAAGUGGUGAACGGUGAGAAACAGUGUUUGUGACUGCUCCAUAGAGUGUGUUUGAACUUGAACUGCAGUGGACAGUGCAUUGAACAUCAUGUGCCUUGCCGUCAACAGAUUUUGUUCAUGUCUCUAGGAUGGGAAAGUACUAUAUAUGAAAACAAGACUAAAUACCCUAACAUGUCUAUAAUACACACUAAGUCAGCCUUUUGAUGCGAAGUUUUAUGCAAACCUUCAAUGACAGUGUAUGUGUGCUUGAUAUUCAGCUUUGACAUGAACAGUGAUUGCAUACACCUUAAAGAUGUUCUAUGUCCCGAUUUUGAGCCUUACAUUGCGAGCUGUGCUCAAUCAAAGAAGGUUAAUUACAAAUGCAAGCUACAAAAAAAAAAAUCCCCUCUCCACAGACUCCUUUUUCAAUCGGAGAUUGAAAACAAUUAGUGUGAAUACUACAACACUUCAUAAAAAAUUUCAGAAAGCUUCAGCUCUGGCAAAUUGAAUCUAAAGCUUUAAAUGCAAAGUGCCUAGCUGUUUACCAUGGAGCCUGUUUGUUUACACUGAAGGUGAGACCAGAUCCUAUCAACCAAUCUUUCCUUCGCUUGGGACCAAGACUGCAUUUGCAUUUGUAAAUAGUGUACGCCUGUAGAUAUUAUGCUUAGCUGUAAAUCUCCCCUCAGAUGUACAGAUAGUUGGUUAUGUGGCAAAGAUGGAACAUUAGUAUACGAGAGACACACACAACAGGUUAUUAGAGCUCAUGUUUGCAACAGAUGUGCCAAAACAUUUUCUUUUACAGCUUCUACAUUUCGGUGUUCUACAGUAGACUGACAAUUAUGUAUGCGACUACAGGGUGCAUUUUGGCGUGCUAUUUAUGACGCAGUAAGCAAAGAUGUGAUCAGUUUGUCCAAAAGUGCUUUGGCUAAAACAUGAAAGAGCAUUCUUGCAGAAGGAUUUGAUGCCCAUAAGAGCCACCUUUCCUCAUGUACAGUGCUCACGGAAAGGAAACGUGCCAAUUUAGGGCUAAAUAAUGCCCAUACCUUCAUUUCCAUUAUCUUCAGCUCUUGUUACAUCGAUGUUAUCGGCUUGUACACUCACAUCAGAGCAAACAUGGCCGUUCGUGGGCAAAUUCAUAGCGACAUGGCGUGAUUAUGAGUAAUUACUCAUACCGUUCGUUGUUGUGUUUUAUUCCGUGAACACAGUACAUGCAUUGUGGCACAUUAAUCAUGCAACUUGUGAAGAAUGUUAGGGAAACAAUACAGCUUAUACAAAUUUAUGACGAUCAUCUCUCAUUAAUAGAUUCGUUUCUGUAGAAUGUCUGCAAAAGAAGUCAUUUGCUGCAUGAGCUUGCCAGGAAAAGAAAGGUGAAUACAAUCCUGCAUGCAUUUGUCUUGGCAUCACAUGUAACCAAGAUAUUCGUGUCUCACAGUGCCUGUCAGUUUUAUGCCUCUGAAGAUGCUUUAUUUUUUUAUGGAUGUGUCGUACUAAAGACA